UGCAUGGCUCGCUUGCAAGACUGUGGAUGUGUCAGCAUCAAGCGAGCGGCCAAUAGGAGGGCGUUUUGGCCGUGACGUCAGGGGGGCUGGUCGUGCGCGUGGAGAGCUCCAGUCAGUCCCGCGAGCUUAGUCAGUCAGUCAGUGCGUGCAGCUGACCCCGCGCGUUCAAUGGAGUAGGUUCCCAGCCACAUAAGUAAGAAGAAGAAGAAGAAGAAGAAGAUGAUGAUGAUGAUAAUGGUGUCUUGUUGCUGAAAGAAGGGAUAGGCCCGGGGAGAACGUCGGCCGUCCCCUCUUGCCUUUGUCCAAAUCAGAUCCAAGCGCCGGAGAUCGUCGGAGUUUGGUUGCUCGAGAAGAGGACAUCGACUUCCCAGGCGUAACAAAAGGCGGCUCGCGACCUGGAGCAAAUUUUUCCUAGCCAUAUUUGGUAGAUGCGUGGAGACCCGCUCGAAUGAACACGGAGCGCCCUCUCAGGAUAUCUAAACCCAGCUGGCACUCUUUCCUUUUAAUUUAAUGCAAAAAAAAAACAUUCUUUACCUGCUGCGCUGCAUCGACCGUGACGUCACAACCUUUACAUUACACCGCGCCGAUUCACGCGUUUUCGGCUCGUGCAACCAAACCGUGCUGUUCUUUGAGGGCACGCUGAGCACAGAGGUCACAAUUCCUGCAUGCACGUCAUUGCAUGUGUUCUCAAAUGACGCCACAUUGUCAGUGCAAUUAACGCACAUGCAGAAGAUCAUCAUUACAGUCGAGGGGAAUCGCCGCUGCCUUCAUGCCCAGUGUUAAAUAGGGGGCAUCUGUCUGUCAUUCACUCCCCCCUCCCUCCCUCCAAGACCGUCUGAACCCUCCUGAUCUGGACGAACCUCCUCCUAUACUCAUGAACAUACAGAGAUCCAGUCCCAUUAACAUUUCGCGUUAUGGGAGAUCGAGGCACAAAGCACACGACUUUGAGGAGCUAUCUUGUCUAAGGACUGCAGAAUUUAACCAGAGUUUCAGUCCCAAUUUAGGAUCUCCCAGCCCCCCUGAGACCCCUGACUCCUCUCACUGCAUUUCUUGCAUUGGAAAUUACCUUUUGUUGGAGCCCAUUGAGGGAGACCACGUUUUCAGAGCCACCCACCUGCACAGUGGGGAAGAGCUCGUGUGCAAGGUGUUUGAUAUCAGUCGAUACCAAGAGUCCUUGGCUGCUUACUUCGUGCUGGGAACCCAUGAGAACAUUAACCAGAUAGUGGAGAUUCUUCUGGGGGAUACGCGAGCGUACGUGUUCUUCGAGAGGAGCCAUGGCGACAUGCACUCUUUCGUUCGCACUUGCAAGAAGCUGCGAGAGGAAGAGGCUGCCAGACUUUUCCAUCAGAUAGCAUCAGCUGUGGCGCACUGCCACGACAACGGCCUGGUCCUCAGAGACCUCAAGCUGAGGAAGUUCGUCUUUAAGAACGAGGACAGGCAACACGUGUGGAGCUUAGGCGUGAUGCUCUACACCAUCCUGGUGGGCCGCUACCCGUUCCACGACGUGGAGCCCAGCUCACUGUUCAGCAAGAUCCGCCGUGGCCAGUUCAGCAUCCCCGAGACGCUAACGCCCAAAGCCCGAUGCCUCAUCCGUAGCAUCCUGCGGCGAGAACCGGCCGAACGCCUCACCUCCCGAGAGAUCCUGGACCAUCCCUGGUUCUCGGCCUCCGGCGGUUCGGCUGCUGCCGCCAGCCACGGAAGAGGCGAGCGAGAGUUGGACCAAAUGGUGCCAGAGGCCAACAUGGAAGAAGAACUGGAACAGUUCUUUAGCUGAGCACAAACUCAUCAGACAUUAUGCCACGUCCUUUUAGAUUAUCAGAAAAAAAGAAAUGCACUCAUUACAAAUGGUGUCUAUCGUUAUUUCUCAUUCCGUGAAAAAACAUGGUCGGUUCUGGCUAGGGUGGAAAGGACUACUUCCUAAGCUAGGACUUCUGGACGAAGCGCGUCGGGUGAUGUAGCAAGACUUACUUUGGCUUUUCCUUUACUUCCGUUCAUUUUUGUCUUCAUUUUACGUGCAUACGAGUCACAGUAAGCUACAAACAUGCAUUACAGCACAGGAGAACGCAGCCAAGGAACAAAGAAAAUAUCAGGCAAAACUGCUCAACCUCUCCUUUUUCCAGCUUUGAUUUGUUGACCGUGUCUCAGUUACUCGUUUUCCUCGAAUGCAAAUUGUUGGUUGCGUCUCAAUCUGAUCCUCGGUUUAUUUUAAGUAUAGCGUUUCGACAGUCCUCCAGGUCAAUACUGCAAAGACCAUGUCAUUUAUUGUGUUUGGAUUCAUUUGGCUGCAUUAAGAACGAUUUGUGUUGCAUUAAGCUGUUCCUUUUACUAUUAUUGCUGCUUUUUUCGCUCUAACCGUAACUGAAACUUUCUCCGUGAGUCUUCAGAGAAUAAAAAACGUCAAGCACUUGACUCGCCUAGGCUUGAAGAUCCUCUCUGGACUAGUGUCAUCUAUUUAACUUUUAGUUGUUUUCUUUUGCUGGAGCAAAAUGUAUCUUUUUUUAAUUUUAUUUAUAAGGUAACUACUACUAUAUUUAAAGAGAAAUACGUGCAGGGUUUUUCGUUAUUUUCUUAACCGCCAGUUUUCACGAAUAUUGUAGGCAAUACAUUUGACACAGGACAGGUUUGACUUUUUGUAGCAAAGUUUGUCCCAAGUUGGAAGGUCUACGAUUUAACGUCAGUGCCAGUAAUGGCACCCCAAACGCACGCUGACCGUACUCCUUUUUUUUUGCAUUUGCAUUUGCAUUUGACUCCAUAAAUAUUAGACGAUAUUUCUACGACUACACCGUCUCGAGUACCUCAUGUUAACUCUACUGCCUGCAUAGGUCUGUGAAAUGAUCAUGUUUUGAAUGGGUACAUGUAGACAUGUUUCGUCGUAUAUCAAUGUUACUUGAAAUCGUGAUUUAUAUCUAGUCAAUGGCAUGUGC